AAACAAACUGGAGGCUGGCUUGACUGCAAUGCUGGAAUUGGAGGCUGGCUUGACACCAGUGUUCUGGGGGGUGUUUGAAGUUGUUUUUGUCAUCACUUUCUGGCAACCAUAACGUGUUCAAGCAGCUGUCUCUGUGCCUGACAUCCUUUGUUAAUGAAAGGAAAACGGACGAUGCUGGUGCGAAGGCUGCCUCCGUGCUUCUUCUCAGUCCCUCCUGGACCACAGAGACACUUCCUGCAGCUGCUCAUCAGACCACUGACACAAGCUCUGCAGAGUAGAGUCCAUGGUAGCUCCUUUGCACAUCGUGGCGAGCUGCGUCAUGCUAAGAGGAUCGUAGUUAAGCUCGGUAGUGCCGUGGUCACCCGUGGGGAUGAGUGCGGUUUGGCCUUGGGUCGGCUGGCUUCUAUCGUAGAGCAGGUUGCAGUGCUGCAGAAUCAGGGCAGGGAGAUGAUGAUUGUCACCAGCGGAGCCGUGGCAUUUGGCAAACAGAGAUUAAGACAUGAAAUCCUGCUGUCCCAGAGCGUCCGACAGGCUCUGCAUUCUGGAAACAAUCAGCUCAAAGACGUGUCUGUGCCGGUUCUGGAGGCCCGGGCCUGUGCUGCUGCUGGACAGAGUGGCCUGAUGGCCCUGUAUGAAGCCAUGUUUACUCAAUACAGCACAUGCACUGCUCAGGUCCUGGUGACGAAUUUGGAUUUCCACGAUGAUGAGAAGAGGCAGAAUCUCAACAGCACACUGCAGGAGCUGCUGCGCAUGAACAUCGUGCCCAUUAUCAACACCAACGAUGCUGUGGUACCCCCGCCAGAACCCGAUAGCGACCUGCAGGGGGUAAAUAUAAUCAGCAUUAAGGACAAUGACAGUCUAGCAGCACGGCUGGCUGUGGAGAUGAAGGCUGACCUGCUCAUCACGCUGUCUGAUGUGGAAGGACUUUAUAACAACCCACCUGGAACAGAUGAUGCUAAGCUCAUAGAUACUUUCUAUCCUGGAGACCAGCAGUCCAUCACCUAUGGCACAAAGUCCAGAGUCGGAAUUGGAGGCAUGGAGGCCAAGGUCAAGGCAGCUCUUUGGGCUCUGCAGGGUGGGACCUCUGUGGUCAUAGCUAAUGGCACCAACCCCAAAGUAACGGGCCAUGUCAUUACUGAUAUAGUGGAGGGGAAGAAAGUAGGAACCUUCUUCUCUGAAAUCAAACCUGCUGGUCCGUCUGUGGAGGAGCAGGCAGAACUGGCACAAAGCUUGGGAAGAGUUCUGUCUUCUCUCCAGCCAGACCAGCCACAGCAAAACUUUAGUGGACAGAUCUGCUUUGUGCUGAGCCUGCAUGUUUGUGGUCGUCUGUGUUGUCAGAGACGUGAUAUCAUUUGCCGUCUAGCAGAACUGUUGACUGAGAGGAAGGAAGAAAUUCUGGCAGCAAACAAGAUGGACAUGGAGAUGGCUGUCAGUGCAGGCGUUUUGCCUCCAGCUAUGCUGAGUCGUCUGAGCCUCACACCAGCCAAGCUCAACGGUUUGUCCAUUGGUCUGCGUCAAAUCGCCAUGGCAGCUCAGGACAGCAUCGGCCGAGUGCUGCGAAGAACUAUGGUGGCUAACAAUCUGCAGCUGGAGCAGAUUACAGUGCCCAUUGGUGUUCUUCUGGUCAUCUUUGAGGCCCGACCUGAUUGCUUGCCACAGGUGUCGGCUCUAGCCAUAGCCAGUGGCAAUGCUGUUCUAUUGAAGGGUGGAAAAGAAGCAGCGAACACCAAUCGUGUUCUGCAUCAACUCGCUCAGGAAGCUCUCUCUGUGCAUGGAGUCCGAGAAGCUGUACAAAUGGUGAGCACUCGUGAGGAUGUGGCAGAUCUUUGCCGGCUAGACAAGAUGGUUGACUUGAUUAUCCCCAGAGGCUCAUCCCAACUGGUGCGGGAUAUCCAGAGAGCCACUAAGGGCAUCCCGGUGUUGGGUCACAGUGAAGGGAUCUGCCACGUUUAUGUUGAUGCAGAUGCCAGCAUUGACAAAGUCAUAAAAAUUGUCCGAGACUCGAAGUGUGACUACCCAGCUGCAUGUAAUGCCAUGGAGACUCUGCUGAUUCACCGCAGCAUUCUCAAGACUCCGUUGUUUGAUCAGAUAAUUGACAUGCUGCGCUCUGAACAGGUGAAGAUCCAUGCUGGUCCACGGUUUGCUUCUUACCUGACGUUCAGUCCAUCAGAGACCAGAUCCCUACGCACAGAGUUCGGUGAGCUGGAGUGUUGUCUGGAGGUGGUGGACAGCAUGCAGGAUGCCGUGGAUCAUAUACACAAGUAUGGCAGCUCCCACACAGAUGUGAUCAUCACAGAAAACCAGGAGACAGCUGAACGGUUCCUGCAACAGCUGGACAGUGCUUGUGUUUUCUGGAAUGCCAGUUCUCGAUUUGCUGAUGGCUAUCGAUUUGGACUUGGAGCAGAGGUUGGUAUCAGCACAGCUCGGAUCCAUGCCCGCGGUCCUGUAGGCCUGGAGGGGCUUCUCUCCACCAAGUGGGUCCUGAGAGGGGAUGGGCACACCGUAGCGGAUUUCUCUGAACAGGGUGUCAUGGAGUACAUCCAUGAAAACCUGCCUGUGGGACAGAGAGACCGCAACUAGGACAGGAGCUUUAAAACGUUGUUUAGAGGUCUCGUUCACGGAAAAACUUGUUCCUUUUCAAAUGCAGUUGGUCCCUCUGAGGUUCACAUGCAUGCUGAGAUAAUCGGGAAAAUGAUCGGGUCAGAGAUAACCAAGUCCCUUCUACGUCACAUGGAAAAGGAGUGUUUGAAACCUCGCCCACCUUGACUUAUGACCACAGAAGGAUUUGUUGAUUUAGCAGCCAGAAGUCAGUAGAGCGAGUCUUGGCUAUUAGCAUUAGCAACUCCACCACACAGCAGAAUUCCUCCAGGCUUGUGUUAUUUGUGGAGAUAAAACAUUACGGCGCAAACGGAGUCAGUAAGUGAGUUGCAUUGCUGUUAUCCAAGGUGAGAUGUCUGAAUAUCAUGAAUGAUGAUGCUGUUUUCUUUUUACAAGUGGAUGUGAUGUACUGUGUUUAUGCUUGUAUCAUUGCUGAUUUAAUUCUUCUCCUAAUGCUGCUUCUUGGCCUGGCCUUCAUUGUAAAAACGAGUCCUCCUGUAAAGUCUUUUUGCAAACAGGUUUAAGAAGGUUAGCAGGAAUCUCAAGUUCUACCUUAAAAACAUGUAAAGCACAAUAGCAUUUUAAAGUAACACUGAGAUGGAAGCUGUGUUACGAAGGCGCUUCUCAGACUAGCUGUUAGCUCCUCAUUCCUGAAGAAGUUAAGGCUAUUUCUCAGGUUUUAAACCAUACUGAAGGACAAAAGUGGUCAUUUAUUGUAAUGUAACAUACUGCAAGUUCAAUAGUUACCCUUUUUGCACCCACUGUUUUUCCUAUUUAUUUAUUUUAUUAUCAUUGCAAGAUGUGCUCAUUUUUCUGUGCUUUUGUUGCCUUCCUGCUUGUUCCUCGUGGCGCCUAAAGCCUCUGUCAGCGUGGGAAUAGUAAUUGACAGGCCUUCUCUUUAAAGCUCGAGGGGUGAAUGAAGCUGCUUUUAAAUUAAGCUCUGCAAAAUUCAAGCUGCUCUCAGAUGUCUGGCAGUGCACAUUUAAGGUUUGGUUUGGGUUAUUUAAUGGUAUUAAUGUAGAAUAAAAGUUGAGAAAGAAUAUUUGGAUUUGUUUCUUCACGUUCUUUGAUUUUCUCGCUGUUGAAAUGUUGAGGGUUCUGCAUAUGUGCUCAUCUCUGUCCUGGCUCUAGCGUUUCUACUUUCACAAAAGAAC